GGCUUGUCGCUUAAGUUGGAUUCGUCUCUUUAUUAUUUCUUCUCCCUGGGAAAAGGAAAGCAAAAGUAUCAUCGGACAAAAGAGAACGGCGUGAGAGAUGGCUAGAUACGACCGAGCAAUUACCGUUUUCUCCCCCGACGGCCACCUCUUCCAAGUAGAGUACGCCCUAGAAGCCGUCCGCAAGGGUAACGCCGCCGUCGGAGUCCGCGGCACCGACACCGUCGUCCUCGCCGUCGAGAAGAAAUCUACUCCUAAGCUUCAGGAUUCUAGAUCAGCCAGAAAAAUUGUGAGCCUUGAUAAUCACAUUGCCUUGGCAUGCGCGGGUCUCAAGGCAGAUGCACGUGUGCUGAUCAACAAGGCAAGGAUUGAGUGUCAAAGCCACAGGCUUACACUAGAGGACCCAGUGACUGUUGAGUACAUCACGCGGUACAUAGCGGGGCUUCAACAGAAGUACACCCAAAGUGGUGGUGUCAGACCCUUUGGUCUUUCUACUCUUAUCGUCGGCUUUGACCCUUACUCUCAUGUGCCAUCCCUCUAUCAGACUGAUCCUUCUGGCACUUUCUCUGCUUGGAAAGCUAAUGCUACCGGCAGAAACUCCAACUCGAUUAGGGAAUUCCUGGAAAAGAACUACAAAGAAUCCUCCGGCCAAGAAACUGUUAAACUCGCUAUCCGUGCUCUGCUCGAGGUAGUCGAGAGCGGAGGAAAGAACAUUGAGGUUGCUGUAAUGACUCGGGAGGAAAGUGGGCUGCGCCAGCUAGAAGAGGCUGAAAUUGAUGCUAUUGUGGCCGAGAUCGAAGCGGAGAAGGCAGCCGCAGAAGCAGCCAAGAAAGGCCCUCCAAAGGAAACUUGAUAAUACAAUACCUCAAUUUAACAACUCUGGUCUCCUUUCUCUGUUAUCUACUUUUCUAUGUUUUGUUACAAGACCUGCUACACCUCAAUUUAGAUUUCGCUUGAACUUUGAUCAAACCAAGGAUAAAAUUCGC